UCGUUGACAGGAAACUACAAUUCCCAGGAUGCACUUGAAAUUGCUGUGGCUACUGAACGGGGGAAGGGAAGCUGAGAUUGGAGGGAGAAACAAUCAGAAACUCAGAUACUGCGUGCCUCCUCCUUUGGAGUUGGGCCGUACAAGAACUUUUUCUACAUGACCCACACUGCAAUAUCUUCUUGGCUUCUCCACUGCAGCUGAGCUCACACAACAACCCAGCUUUUGACAAACUGCAUUUGCUCUGGGUGCCAGAAUCAUGACGGUUCUUGGACGGGGAGAGCCCAGCCCCGAGAAGCAGCAGCAUCAUGCAGCUUCUGUUUGCCUGUGGUGGGGCUGAGCCGCCGAGGAGAGGAAGGAGGCAGGGUUUCAUGACACUACGCGCCGAUUCUGAGAAGAGCUCGUCGACUUGCAUACGCACGUUCUCCCGCGAUCGAGGCCUGUGAAACCACCUGAACUCGGCUGCAGACAAGAAAAGAAAAAAAAAAAAAAAACGAGAUCAUCCAGACAAUAUGGAUCGCAGUGACGUUUCUGUGAAGUCCGGCUGUUGACAUGAAGAUCUCUGCGCAUGCGAGGAGAAAAUGAGAAAAGUGUAGAUAGAGACUUUGAGUCCCUCCAGGUGUGCACUACAGAAACCAUGCUGGCGUUUGCCCCGACUCCCCAGCCCAUCUCCGUUCAUGACUUUGGGAGCCUUUAGAGGCCACGAUCGGGAGCGACAUCAACAGUCAACACGAUUACAUGCAAUGGAAGAAAACAUUGACGUCACAUCACACACAGAGGGUCUGAAUGGUUUGUCACAUGAACGGAAGCCUGUAGAGGACAUCACCAAUGGACAUUCCACCUACAAGCCUGUCAUUAAUGGAGUGGCCAUAGGUCACAAUGGGAAAGACCACACCAACGGCAACGCACCUUUCAGAUCUCUGCCGAUUUCAGCACUGAAGCAAAAUGGCAUCCUGCAGAACCUGACGGCAGGUGGAGACAAGCCCAGUCCCACAGAAGAGCAAGAAGAUGCUGAUCUGGAAAAGGCCAGGCAAGAGUGGGAGGCUCUAGAUAACAUCCAACCAGCUCUAACUGAGGACUCGAACCCAACCCCGCUCAUCUCCUUCAAUGAAGCUCUACAGUACUUCCAGACCACAGACCUUGGGGACUUGCUGAAAAACAUCCAGCCAACUAUUCGCAGGACCGGUCUGGCUGCGAUCGCACACUUCCUGUUCGGACCGCCGCGACUGCACAGGGAGCUCCUGGAGGAGAGGGAUCUUGUCUUUGCCAUUGCACAGUGUCCUGUGGAUAACAGCCAAACAGUCCACAUGCGUGUCCUGCAGACCAUACAUAAAAGGCUGAUUGGAGCCAGGCUGGACUGUCCUCGCUACGGUCCGCACUGGGAAAACAUUGGCUUUCAGGGUUCUGACCCGGCCACUGACCUGCGUGGCACUGGGUUUCUUGGACUGAUGCACACUCUGUAUUUCGUGAUGGACCCAGAAACUCUGCCAUUGGCGAGAGAUAUCUACAAGCUGUCGCAGCAUCCUACACAGAACUUCCCUUUCUGUGUGAUGUCAAUCAACAUGACCCGCAUUGCUUUGCAAGUCCUGAGAGAGGAGGCCCUGUCCAAGGAGUGCAAUCGUCGUCAGCAAGUGGUCGGUGUGCUCAAUGAGUUUUACGUUGCCACAUUUCUCCACAUCUACCAGCUGUGGAAGACCCAACAGAAGACGAUUGCUGACUCUGGCUUCGUGCUAAAAGAAGUGGAGCUGUUUGCCAAAAAGAACCCCAAGCAGAUGCUGCGCCGACUGGAGGUCUUCCUGAAGGAGAGGCAGGCGGGUGGGAUCCCCCGUGGGACGUCGCCGGACCCUCAGGCCCAACAGCCCUCUCCCAGCUUGGGGGGCUCCAGAGCUGGGAUGGGGCAGGGAAGCAGGGGAAAGGAGAUGCACUUCACCGGAGUGUGUGACCUCCCACCGGACAUGGAGGGAGAGGCCAGACUUAUCUAAACUAGAGUCAGCGUGAGCAUGUGUGUGUGUGUGUGUGUGUGUGUGCGUGUGCGUGUGUGUGUGUGUGUGGGGUGAACUAACUGAUCUGAUGCUGAUGAAGGGUGCCUCUCCUAGGAGAUGUAUGGUACAGUAUGCAAUCCUUGCUCUUUCUCUAUGAUAAUCAAAAACACUAGUGCUGUAUGAUGAUAGAAAUCGUUCCUAAUUUCAGGGUUUGUGCACUCGUGCAAGCGAGUGUGUGUGUGUGUGUGUGUGUGGUGUGAGAGUCAUAUGAGGAACCGACUACAGAUGACGGGGGGGGGAGGAGGAGAAGGUUUCUUUCUUUUGCACACAAUAGGCUAGCUUUACCGAGCCCCUGGAUCCACUAAGCUGCAGACCCGGUACUGGAGUCAAGCUUAAAAUGGUACAUUAAGACAAAAUGUCAUCGAACAAAUACUUUAGUGUUCUGCUCUAAGCGGAUCAAGCCCGUCGGUGAAGCUGGUCCGGUUCGUAUGUGUUCAGGAAACCACCUCCCGUCAUGGUAGUCUCAAUCUGUAGCAUGUUCAGGUAGCUCUAGUACUGUAGCAUCCUAUAGCCUCCUCCUCUUCGUACAGCUUGUUGAUGUCACGUCUCGGUUCCAGUCCGUAGUGUCGAUGAGUGUGCAAACUGUUACUACUAUAGCACAUGCAUUUCAUAGCUUUCUUCAGCCUCCUCAGUCAGCAUGUCGCGCGUUCUGAUGGGAUGCAGGUCGUCGGCGUUGAGCUUAAACUCAAGGUGGCGAUGGUAGACUUGGCACCUUACGGCAGGGGAAAUAAGUCCUGAACCGCGGCACCAACAGUUUCCUCGAUAAAGAGGACUGUCGACACAAAGUUCAGCUUGGUCCUGGUAGCAACCACAGCGAGUCACACGUACAAGAAAUCAAAACACAGUAAUGCAUUAAUUUUAUUAGGUUGUAGUUUUUUAAAUGUGGAAUGACACUGGGAGUAGACAUUGAAUAUGCCAAUUAAAAUUCACAAAAUAAAUGGCAAAAAAAAAAAAAAA